AUGGCGCCCAAGCCCCUCGAGUUCUUAGCCCGCCUCAAAUCGGAGCUCCCCGCGCUCGGGGAUUGCCUCGACGACCUGGGAUCGCUGUACGAGCGCAAGCUGUGGCACCAGCUCACCCUGAGGCUGGAAGAGGUGUUUCAGGACACCAGCUUCAGGCGGGGGAAUGCACUCAUACGCCUGUACACGGGCUUCAUCACUGACUUCGCCUCCAAGCUCAAUCUGCUGAAGCUGGCCCAGAUGGCGGUCACCGUGUCCGAGCUGCACGAGGACGCGCCCUCCGCGCUGGUCUUCCUCGAGGGCGUGCUCGAGAAGCUGAAGGGGAUGCGGCACGUCAAGACCGAGGAGCCGAUCGCCUUCGUUCGGAUGCACAUUGCGCAGCAGAAGCUGAGGAAUGGGGAGGUGGACGAGUGCAGGGUGCUGAUUGACGAGGGGAAGGAGGCUCUGGAGGGGCUCGCGGAUGUAGAUCCCACAGUGCAUGCUGCCUACCACUUGGUUUGCAGCUUGUACCACAAGCACAGGCGGGAGUUUGCAGAGUUUUACCGAAGCGCUUUGAUGUACUUGGCUUACAAGUCAUCAGAAUCACUACCAGAAGAAAGAAAACUGUCACUGGCUGUGGACAUUUCCUUUUCAGCUUUGCUUGCAGACGACGUGUACAACUUUGGAGAGCUGCUGCUUCAUCCGAUCAUCAAUGUGCUGGACACUUCCCAAUACAAGUGGCUUCAUGAGCUCUUGGAGGUUUUCAAUCAAGGGGACAUGCACACAUAUGAAGAAAUGUGUGUGAAGUAUGCGAGUGUGCUCAAUGAGCAGCCAGCGCUUGUUGAAAACGAAAGAAAACUAAAGGAGAAGCUCACAAUCAUGUGUCUGCUGGAGCUGAUUUUCAGCCUCCCAGCUGAAGAACGCCGCAUACCUCUCAAAGUGAUCGGCGAGCGUACCAAGCUCUCCCUUGACGGAGUUGAGUUCCUCCUCAUGCGGGCGCUGUCCCUGCAUUUGAUUGAGGGCACCAUAGACCAGGUGGACGGCUACGUUCAGGUGUCCUGGGUGCAGCCGCGAGUGCUGACGCGGCCAGAGAUGCAGGGUCUGCUUGACCACCUGGACGCGUGGAUAUCCAAGGUGAAGGCAGUCAACCUGUCCCUGGAACAAGAGACGGUUGGAGUUGUGGAAGUGUGA